CUUCACCGCUGUGUGUAUGUACUGUAAAGGGGAGGGGCAGGCGGGGAACUGCUGCCCAAAACUGCUACACAAUCAACAUAUGCAAGCUUUCUCCAAAUAUUUAGGUAUUAUCCUGUGAUUCCUGGAAUCCAACCGCCAUUCUCACUGAAGAAAUAGGCGGCGGUCACAAAGGUUGAAUUUGGAUUACUUGCUUCAGGCGCCCCAGGACCAAAUCACGUUCCCCAGCACCGACACUGCGUAGGUUUCCGGUCAUUCGGCCUCCUGGGCAGCCGAGCUCAAGCGUACACCCCUUUUGGAGGACACACGGCAGUUGGGAAGCUAUGGUAGACAAGGUUCUCCCGCCCGGCGACCCGGCACCAGAGUUGCUUGAAGGACGGUUAUGGGUUGACGGUUGCUUCGACUUCUUCCACCACGGCCAUGCGGGAGCUGUCGUGCAAGCCCGCCAGCUGGGCGAUGAACUUUACGUGGGAGUCCAUUCCGACGAGGAUAUCCUCGAAAACAAGGGCCCCACGGUGAUGAACCUCCAGGAACGGCUCCUCGCUACAGACGCCUGCCGCUGGGUAACCAAGUCCAUCCCCUACGCGCCCUACGUGACCCAGCUUGACUGGAUCAGCCACUUUGGUUGUAAGUACGUUGUCCAUGGAGACGACAUCACCUCGGACAGCAGCGGCGAGGACUGCUACCGUUUCGUGAAGGCCGCGAACCGGUUCAAGGUGGUCAAGCGGACACCAAGCAUCUCCACCACCGACCUUGUCGGCCGGAUGCUGCUCUGCACCAAGGGCCACUUCAUCAAAUCACUCGAGAAAAUGCUCGCCGGCGAGGAGGGCCCAGGCACCGAGGCCGAACGAAAAGCCAACGGCCAGGCCAUGCUGGAAAGGAUCAAGCUGUAUGCGACCGACGAGACGGCCAAGAACCCUGGCGCUGCCGUGUGGUUCUGGACGGCCGGAAACGAGUUCAAGGAGCUAUUCGGGGGCAUUGGGCCCAAGCCAGGCCAGAGAGUCGUGUACGUGGAUGGCGGGUUCGAUCUGUUCUCGAGCGGGCACAUCCAAUUUCUGCGCUUGGUGACGCAAGCCGAGGAAGAGUUGGCCAGGAAGGACGGCUGGUUCUCGGAGCAGGCUGUGAACGAGAGGCGGGGCAAAGGUGCCGAUUAUGGGCCGGUCUUCGUGGUUGCUGGUGUCCACGAUGACAAUGUGAUUAACCAAUGGAAAGGAGUUAACUACCCUAUCAUGAACAUCUAUGAGCGCGGGCUCUGUGUUCUCCAGUGCCGGUAUAUCAACGCCGUUGUCUUUGGCGCUCCUUUUACCCCUACAAAGAGCUAUCUCACAACGCUCCCAUGGGGCACGCCUGAUGCCGUGUAUCACGGCCCAACAUCCUUCAUGCCGUCCAGGGAGGACGUUUACAAGGCGCCCAAAGAACUGGGCAUUUACCGAGAGAUCGGCCACCACGAAUUUGAGGAUGUCAAUGCCGGCACCAUUGUGCAGAGGAUCAUGAAGAGCAGAGAUCUCUACGAGGCGCGCCAGAAGGCAAAGGGGAUGAAAGCAGACAUUGAAGCCGCGCACAAGGAGCGGGAGCGUUUAGAGGAAGAGCAACGGCAUAAGGAAGCCUCGCAGUGAUAGGAUGGCGUGUCGCGACACAAGCUCGAUGCAGGACUUCAACCACGGGCAUGAAACCAGAGACUCGGAUGGGGAUUAGCGGACUUCAACAGGACCCAAACAGGGAUAGAGGCCUUGAUAGAUGUCGGGUAGAAGAAAACGAAAGCUAUAUACAGAUGAUUGAAACGAAAACACAUGAGGGACAGUCCAUCAGAUACCAUAACGCAUUUAAAGUCAUCAACGGGGUCGCGCGACGAUUUACGCCGGCUCCACCUCAGAGCUUGACUCUAUAAAUGGCUUAUCAUCAUUGAACUGCGUUGGGGAUCCUUCGAGACAAAGCACGCCGCAGCCAGCAACAGGGACAAUGGGCUUCCCGCGAAGCUAGAGUUUCCGUCUGCCCCUGCUUUGCGCUGGUCCCGAGGCACUGCGCAACAAUGAUCCAGGAGGUUGAA